GCCCGCCCGCCCGCCGUCUCCGCCUUCCAACUCCUUCGAGAAGCCGGCGACAGACCUCGGGCCUUGGCUGUUCUCCCGCCAUCGUCGGCCAUGUCUGCCACUCCAGCGCCGCCAUCGGCCAUCGAGAACAUCUCCCGCAGAGACGCCGAGAGAAAGACGGAGGUUGAGCGCCGUCGCCGGGAGGACGAGGUUGACCUGGCGCCGGGGGAGCAGGCCGACCGCUUCGGGGCGACCUUCGGCACCGAGACGGCGGCCCUGGAGGCGCUGCUGCUGCGGGGCGCCGUGGAGGAGGCCGCAGGACGCGCCUCGGCCUUGCAGGACCUCGUCAACCAGGCCGCGCUCUACCUGCCGGCGUACUGCUUGCGGCAGGCGCAGGGCAGCCUCGACUCCUUUUUGGCCAGGAUCAGGGCCAAACGGGACGAGGCGGCACCCAAGAAGAAGUUCGCCUUCAAAGCUCGAAGCAAGAAGGAGGCGGCGGUGGAGAAGGACGCGACCGACGACAAGGUGGAGGCGCCGCCGGCGACGGAUGGCCAACACAAGCGGUCGACCAAGUUCGACCUGGUCCAGUGUGGCUUCCACGACCUGGUCGGGCAGAAGCUGACGGAGCGCGGCGACCGGCUGUCCGGCACGGACUGGGCCCUGGGGAACCUGUCCGGCUGCACUGUGGCGCUCCUGGGCUCCCCGAGCACCCUGCAUAUCACGGGCGUGAGGGACUGCGUGGUGCUGUGUGGGCCCGUGGCCACCUCCGUGUUUCUGGACGACUGCAAAGGGUGCAAGGUGGUGGUGGCCUGCAGGCAGUUCCGUGCCCACCGCUCCGAGGACACAGACUUCUACGUGGACGUGGCCAGCAAGGCCAUCAUCGAAGACUGCGUCCGAGUGAGGUUCGCGCCCUACAACCUGAGCUACCCUGGCCUGGACGGCCACUUCAAAGAUGCGAGGAUGGAGGGUCACGGCCAGACAUGGAACGGAAUCAACGACUUCAACUGGCUGGCAGACGUGCCCUCUCCCAACUGGAGCAUGAUCCCAGAAGAUGAGAGGGUACCCACGUGGAAUGUGGAUGCGGUGUGAUGAGCAUCGGUCAUAGUUCACCUCGGCGGCGUCACCGCAAUUGCUUGUGCCAGGCUGGGUGCACUUGAGGCCACUUCAAGUGCUUGAAUGCUCUCGCUUGCAGGUAACGGGACGGGCUCAGGUGUGUUUUUUUCCACAGUGGGUAAAAACACACCUGAUAACUGCUCCCGAUUGUGCCAACUCGCUGUUUAAUUUGCACAGCGCUUUGCUCGCCGUGAGACGACACGGAGAUAAAAAAUGCACUCGGCUACUCGAACGUUCUGUGGCAGACUAAAAAAAAAUUCGCAAGCGAUCAAUUUCAAAUUAGUUACCUACACUGAAAGGUUGUGGAGUUAUCUAUUUAAAUGUACACUACAGCCCUUGUGUUCAUUCACCGCUCGGCCAGGGCCACGCCGUGUGGGUAGUGGGUGUUAUUUGACCAUACUUCACCACACCGGUCAGUGAGGAUUGCAGGCGGAGGGAGGGCAUGCAUAAAUGUGGGAGUGCAGUACAGUGAAUUUUGAUGCAUUGCUUUCUGCCCAUAACGUUAGCCCUGCUGCAACCUUCAGCACCUGUUUGUGGCACACACACACAAGCAGCAGCCAGGCAUAACUCUGCUUAGCUUCGGCGAUCUGACGAGAUCAGGCACAUUUCAGGGCAGUUUGGUCAAAGGCAUCAAUUGUUCUUUAUUAACAUUCGCAUCAACACUUGAGCUCGCGCGUAAUAAACAAUUAAGGCAU